AAUUAGGCCUUCUGGAAGGCUGUCCAUUCCUUUGGUUGAUUUUUGAUAUUGAGAUAGAUUCUCUGUCCCUCUCUUCUGUCUCUUAACCCAGACCCACGUUCUUUCCAUUCGCUCCUCUCCUUCUUUCACAUUGAUUGAUGUUUAUCGCUAUCAUUUAAAAAAAAUCUCAAAUACUUGAAACAGUGGAAGAUAAUGGCCAGGGGAAAGUUGGGAAAAUCGCGACCACUCCGACAGACAGAUGCUAUCUCGACCCCGGUGUUGAAGUAUUCGGAUGCGGUUCCACGAAAUGAUCUGAAGGCGAUCAACCAUGGCGUCAGCUACAGUCGUCCAAUUCACCAGUCCCCGUGGUUGGAUCCACGCCCGACCACGUCGCAAGACCGGCGCAUGAAGAAAACAGAGAAAACCGAGGGUGUUCCGCCACCACCGGGGCUCGAUUUUCGAAUGGCUGGCCCGCCUGCCGCUGCUGUCCAGUCGCCAACAGGGACGGGCUCGAGAGGAGACGCCGCCAUGAUUGGUAUCGCCUUAGGAGGUCCGGGAUUGGGAGAACCCGAGAGCAUGACGGCGCAGACGCAACAGAGCCCGCCGCCUCCGGUUCCAGAGGGAGAAGACCCCCAAGCGUUGCUGCGCAAGUCAAGUAAAUGGAGGAAAAUCGGGGGGUUAUUCAAGGCGAAGAGCGCAAUGGCAGCAAAUGUGAACAAGCCGUUUUAUCAGGUUCGCUCCGGUAAUGACUGGCCACUGCAAGAUUCUUCCUCCCAUUCAGUAGACUUGAAAUCUCGACCGGCAGUGGAAACCCAGCGGAGCCCUGUUCAAAAUACGGAGGCCUGGCCCUGUCUGGUCCCCGAAUCAGAGCCCCAUGCGCCGCCAGGUCCUUUACUCCAGGUGGAAAUCCCGAACGUGGAGAUGGAAAGGUAUAGUGUGAUGUUUGGCGGUCUUUUGCAGAAGGGUCAGCCUUCUUCAUGGAACAGACGGAGUAGAACCCUGGAUGGUGUGGCCGUCAAAAAGAACGAAGUAACAUCGAAAGUCCUGGGCUCUCACAACCUACCGCAGGGCACCGAUAUUUUGCGCAAAACCCCGACACACCCGUUAGAAUCACGGCCGGAAAGUCCUGCGAGCGAAGAUGAAGAUGAUCAUGUUACCCUCCCCGUCUCCGUCCAAGAACAACAACCACCACCACCACCAUCGCAUCAUCAGCCACAAGAGUCCGCCACUUCAGGACCAGGCGCGGAACCGCAGCUCGCUCAUAAAGUAGACAUAACCCCAAACCACGUCGACGCGCAAGAACCCCAGUGGGAGAUGAUGGUCCAUAGAAAAAACCAACAAGUCGAGGAACCAAAGCCGAAACUCAGACUCGACACACAGAAUCUCCGCCCAAGUGCCACAAACAGCCGCUCGACCUCGCCCUCCUCCUCCCCCGCCUCCUCCCUGCUAUCUCCCCUGAGCGCCGUGAAACGACGCGACGGCCAAGCACUGUCAUCAUCAUCAUCAUCAUCAUCAUCAUCAUCAUCAUCCCCUAUAGGCCCCAAACCCACAGGGCUGACUCCCCGAUCAGCGCAUCUCCCGCGCAACCACGACGCGAUCCCCGCGAUUGAAGUGUCAGUCGCGAGAUCCGUCUCCGUCUCCAGGGGUAAGAAACAGGUUAUCGUGCCGGUUCGACCGCGCGCUGACCGGUUGAACACCAACGAGCGCCUGGUUGUCAAGCGAGUCAAUACGCCCAAAGUCACCGAUGGCCAAUACGGCCACCGACACGGAAAUUCCCAAGAUGCAAGAAUUGAAAUGGCCUAA